UGCGCAGCCGCCCUCCCCAGCCCCUGGAGGCAGAGAACACCUGUUUGCUCUUAGGCGAAAGAGGCUACUCAUCCACCCCCAGGGCCCAAGUCUGUUUGCUUUGGAAACAAGAGAUGCCCGGCAAACAGUCAGAUGAGGAACAGGUGGAGACGGGGGCUGCGGAGAACUUGGCCGAGGAGGACCUAGGGGGCCUCACGGCAGAGGAGCUCCGGCAGGGCCAGGAGGCAGCCCUGGAGCUAGAGGACAUGAUGGCGCUAAGUGCCCAGACCCUGGUCCGAGCCGAGGUGGACGAGCUUUACCAGCAAGUGCGUCCCCUGGGCCAGGGCCGCUUCGGCCGGGUCCUGCUGGUCACCCAUCGCCAGAAAGGCACUACCCUGGCCCUGAAGGAACUCCCAAAGGCCUCCACGUCUCUCCGCGGCUUCCUGUAUGAGUUCUGCGUGGGCCUCUCGCUGGGCACACAUUCGGCCAUAGUAGCGGCCUACGGCAUCGGCAUCGAGUCCGCCACCUCCUACAGCUUCCUGACGGAGCCUGUCCUGUGUGGGGACCUCAUCACCUUCAUCCAGCCCAAGGUGGGCCUCCCGCAGCCGGCGGUACAGCGCUGCGCGGCUCAGCUGGCCUCAGCCCUGGAGCACAUCCAUUCCCGCGGCCUGGUGUACCGGGACGUCAAGCCCGAGAACGUGCUGGUGUGCGACCCUGCCUGCCAGCGGGUCAAACUGACCGACUUCGGCCACACGCGGCCCCGCGGGACCCUGCUGCGCCUGACCGGGCCGCCCAUCCCUUACACGGCCCCCGAGCUCUGCUGCCCCCCGCCCCUCCCCGAGGGCCUGCCCAUCCAGCCUGCCCUGGACGCCUGGGCGCUGGGGGUCCUGCUCUUCUGCCUCCUCACUGGCUACUUCCCCUGGGACCAGCCCCUGGCGGAGGCCGACCCCUUCUACGACGACUUCCUCAUCUGGCAGGCGUCCGGCCAGCCCCAGGACCGUCCGCAGCCCUGGUUCGGCCUGACGCCGGCGGCGGACAGUCUCCUGUGGGGGCUGCUGGAUCCUCGCCCCCGCAAGAGGAGCCCCGUGGGCUCCGUCCAGGACUACCUGGGGCGUCCCUGGAGGCAGCGGGAGGGGGAGGCUGAGGAGGUGGAUGAGGGGGAUGGACAGGAGGACGGAGAGUGA